AUGAACUUGAUCAGCACCCUCGCCAGUGGGAUCGUUAAACAUGGAAUUAAAGAGCCCAUUGCGGUUGCUGAAAAGGGGCUCUACGUUCCAAAGAUGUUGAAAGGCGACAAUCAAAUAAAUUGGCGGGCGACGACACCGCUAAAGAAUAAGACAAAAGUUGAGUGCAAGCUCUCUCCUCAAGAGCUGCGAACGGUGGGAAAAGGCUCAUUAUUUGAAAGACAAACUGCCCAAGAGUUUUUGAAACCAUACGCAGCUCAUCAGUUUGCAAGACAUACAGUGCAGCCUUCCUACGAUUUAAAUCACGCUAAGGCUAACUACAUCGCGCUGAAAAAAUUAAAGUCCUCCCGAAAGUCAGAGACACUGCUUUUCAACGCAUCUAAACGCUACGUUGAGGAAAUGAUUCCUCUGCUAGUCUUAAUAACCCCUCGAGAAGUUGCCGUGGGUCAUGCAAAAAGAUCCUUUCGUAGUGAGGUUUUCACUGAAAUUCCACCCAUACCAAACUUCACCGACCACCCUAAGCUUUUCGGCAGUUACAUUGCUACGCUCACUCACACGCGAUUUUAUUAUAAGAAAUCGUCCAUGCAGAAUGGUGUUAUUCCUAAGAUUCUCCGUAACCUCAUGCAUCCGUCUAACUUCAAAACGGUGGAGUUACGAGAUGUCGAUGUUUACAAUGAUGUUAUAUUCUUCUUCAGUGAAAGGAGCGAUUACGCCACAUGCAGGGAGUUGUUCGCCCAGAUGAAGCUCGAAAAUGUCAUGCCAAAUACAAAAACCUUUAACCUCAUGCUUCGAAACGUGUUAAAGAAGUCACAUAUCAGAAGCAUAAAAAAUCCGCUUAGCGAUGCAUUGUAUUAUUUGCGUCAGAUGCAGCAUCAUGAGAUACAGGCAGACUCGGUUACAUGGGCCACCUGCUAUAAUAUGUUGAUGGAAAGUCUCUCUCGCGGCGUCUUUCUCGAAAAGCUGUUAGAGCGGGGGGUCCCUAUAACUCCCGCAUUAGUUUUUACCAUCUUAAGGUCUGGAGAGCUAACUUCGUCGAAGCUUCUACGUUUUCUCACUAGCAACUCUGUACCGCUCGAUACGAAACUGUUCAGCUUUUGCCUAAAAGCUCUUUUAACCGAAGAAAAGUAUGACACUGCGUGGGCAUUCGUUGACCACGCCCAUAAAAAUGCUGCUUUUAAAAUAAAUCAUGAAUGCCUAAACGUUUUUCUAAGACACUUCGCUGAAAGGGGAAGGCUAGAUCUGGCAUUCCUGACCUUCAAUUCCGCUGUAUCUACGUAUGGUGUCGCAGCUAACUUGCAUUCAUUCGACAUGGUAGCGAAAGCGCUUGUACGAAAUGGGUAUACCAAGAAUUUCUCGUUGGUGCUAGAGUAUUUGUGCCAAUUGAAAAGAGCCUACACAGGCGAGGUUCAAGUAUUCAGUUACUGGCUGUCCAAAGCACAAGCUGUCUCAAAGUUCAACAUUCAAAGGCCAGUGACAGAAGAUGGUCUUGAGCGAGCUCGAACUGUUUUGCAAAGCGCUAAAUGGGACUCUAAGGGUAUGACCUGGGAUUGUUGGAAUAAUUGCUCCGCUUCUCUACGAAAGGUUUUCAGAUUUUUAGGAUGUGUUCCACAAAGUAUUAAAGCAGAACCAAAAAAGGCCCGCUUUACAACAGGUUCAGAAAUUUCUGACAAGAAGCACAAAUAUAAAAGCAGAGUGAGGAUGCUGGCUGUCCGUCAUGCUAUGCUGAAGAGAAUACCGUACGCAGAAGACCGUUAUGUGGCUCUAAAAAAAGAACUUCAAGAAAGAGGCAUACUAGAUUAG